GUUAGACGAGUGACAUAUUUCCUCUUCCAGAUAAGUUCAAUAUUUAACAUUUGACCGUGUUUCACCCUGGAACAAGUAGUUGAACUCUUUAGCAAACUCAUGGAGUCUGAUGUGGAGAACGAGUCACUAAGUUUGCAGAAAAAUCUGAUAACGCCCUCAGAAUUACACGUAAAUUAAUUCUGGCUUCGAAAUAACGAUCUAAAUUUCAUGCAGGGCAUGGUUUUUAAAAGCCCCCGGUCGUAGUCAGAAGCUGAAAUGAAGCGCCAAAAUAUUCGUACCCUUUCAUUGGUGGUAUGUACUUUUACCUAUUUACUAAUUGGUGCCGCCGUGUUUGAUGCACUAGAAUCGGAAACCGAAGCUAGAAGAUGGGAGUUUUUAAAAAGUGUAAAAGCAAACUUUGUUGCCAAAUACAAUAUUACCCCGGAAGACUAUCAUAUGAUCGAAAUUGUAAUUACGGAGAAUAAACCACACAAAGCGGGACCCCAGUGGAAGUUUGCCGGCGCAUUCUAUUUUGCCACCGUCGUUCUAGCGAUGAUCGGUUACGGUCACUCUACGCCAGUUACAGUAGGAGGCAAGGCUUUUUGCAUGGCUUACGCCAUGGUCGGAAUUCCGCUGGGGCUCGUGAUGUUUCAAAGCAUCGGUGAACGUUUGAACAAGUUUGCGUCUGUUGUAAUACGCCGUGCGAAAAGAUAUCUGCGCUGCAACCACACGGAGGCAACGGAAAUGAAUCUGAUGGUCGCAACGGGAUUACUUUCGUCGGUCAUUAUUACUACCGGAGCGGCUGUGUUUUCACGUUACGAAGGGUGGAGCUAUUUCGACAGUUUUUACUACUGCUUCGUGACACUCACUACGAUAGGCUUUGGUGAUUAUGUUGCACUCCAGAAUGAUCAAGCGUUGAUUAACAAACCGGGCUACGUUGCACUAAGUUUGGUGUUCAUACUUUUUGGAUUGGCGGUCGUCGCUGCUAGUAUCAAUCUCUUGGUGCUAAGAUUCAUGACCAUGAACGCGGAAGACAUACGACGUGAAGAAGCAGAAAUGCAAUCUUCAGUGGACGGUCUCACGACAUAUGAAUCUACCGGUAAACUACUUUCCUGUGCCAAUUUGAACUACUGUUCGGAAAUUGAAGAAGAUACCUCUGUAUGUUCAUGUACGUGCUUGGGAGGCAACAGUUUGACAACCCAUGAACAUGAAUUUUUAUUAAACCAAGGAUAUCAUCCAGCAGAUAUUAUUACGAGUACCAUUAGUUUGAAACGCAUGUCUAUUUAAAAACAUAAGGCUAAGCUGUUCCAGAUUAUCGCACGUGCUGCAUAUUAGAUAGAAUACCGUUUUGGGGUUCCUUCUCUUACAACAUGUCCAUUCCAUUAGACAGAGUUGUAAGCAAAUUUAAAUCAACCACCAACGAAACGAUGUGUGCCAAUUGCCACGAAGAAUAAGUCUCAGAUGAAAAUAACUACAAGUAGGUCAAUGUUCUUUUAAAAUCGAAAAAAAGCAAUCCGAUUUUUUAAGUGUCAUUCAACAUUUAGCAACAUAUAUAAAUGAAAAUUGACAGCAUAUUAAAUUUCACUGACGAAUAUAACAUGUAUAUAUUCCGCAUAUAAUAAAUUCGUAAUUGUGAUUGAGUUCAG